CCUGACUUCCUCCCACAGAUUUUCGGCUGUGCGGGAUUCCAUCUUAGGCCGGUGGAACCAAGUCAGCCGCCAAAAGAGUCCCGGUUGCGCCUUGGCAGCAAGUGGCGAUUCCCCAUUGCCUACCUUUUUGUCCACACUCCUGCCUACUGCCAUCCACAAGAGAUAUCAUGCCUCUGCCCCAGAAGAGUCCACAAUACUCAUGUGAUCGAUGCCUUCCAGCCCGCACUGUGACCCAGGGCCUGGAGGAUGCACAUGACUCCAAGGCUCUGGAGGAGACCUGUCUCUCCUCCCAUCCUCUAAUGCCUGGCACUUCGAAGAAGGCUCCAGGUGCUGGUAUACCCAGCAACCCUGAGAAUCCUCAGAGUUUCUGCUCCUCUUCCAUUGCCAUCACAACCACCUCAACAAGUGAGCUGAAUGAGGGCUCCAAUAGCCAAGAAGAGGAGGAUAGCACCUCAGGGGCUGGGCCAGAUGCCAAGAAUGUGCCCAUAGAUGCUCUAGAUAAGAUGGUGGCUUUGUCGGUGGAUUUCAUGCUGUUCAAGUAUCUAAAGAAAGAGCUCAUGACGAAGGCAGAUAUGAAGAUCAUCAUCAAAGGGUAUGAAGAGCACUUCGCUGAGGUCUUCCUGAAAGCCUCUGAGCGCAUGGAGAUGGUCUUCGGCCUUGAUGUGAAGGAAGUGGAUCCCAUCAACCACUGCUAUGCCUUCUUCAUCAAAUUGGGCCUCACCUAUGAUGGGGUGCUGCAUGGUAAAGAGGGCAUACCCAAGACGGGUGUCCUGAUACUUAUCCUGGGUGUGAUCUUCAUGAAGGGCAACAGUGCCACUGAAAAGGAAGUCUGGGAAGUUCUGAAGUUGACGGGGAUAUAUCCCGGGAGGAAGCACUCCCUCUUUGGGGACCCCAGGAAGCUCAUCACCCAAGAUUUCGUGAAGGGAAAGUACCUGGAAUACCGCCAGGUGGCCAACAGUGAUCCCGCACAAUUUGAAUUCCUCUGGGGCUCAAGAGCCCACGCUGAAACCACCAAGAUGAAAGUCCUGGAGUUUCUGGCCAAGGUUCAUGGGACUGACCCGAGUUCUUUCCCAUCUCAGUAUGAGGAGGCUUUGCAAGAAGAAGAAGAGAGAACCCGAGCCAGAAUGUCAGCCAUGGCUAUCUCUACUUCUGUGGCCACUACAAGUUUCUAGUGCCAAGUCCAGUCACUUCUCUUGCCCCUAGUGAAGCCUGAGGCAGGUUUUUCACUUUGUCUUUGAGAAGGUCAGUUAGUGUUCAUAGAAUUUAGGUCUGUGAUGAGGUGAAAGCAAUAGUUUAUAUGCCUAUGUGUUCCUAUAUUGUGUAACUUGAAAAUUAUUUUUUAAACUUAUGCAUUUGUUUAAAUAGUGUUUCUUUUGAUAUAGAUUCAAUUAGUUAAAAUCUCCAAGUUUAUGAAAGUAUAGAUCACAAAUUUAAUGCUAUGAUGAGGUUUAAUAUAGUGUGAGUUUUGUUAUUUUAUUAAACUAAUUGUGAAACCAUCUUAAAUAAUUACUUGGAAAAGAUAACUUGGAACUGCAGUAGGUAUUUACUACAAAUCUGAGAGUGAUCAGUUUUAAGGUGGUUGAGUUCAAUAAAUGGGAAAAAAAAUUGUCAAUCUGUGGCCCCCUUUUGCCUUUUAUAUUUUUUUUAUAAAAUUAGAUUAUAUAUUCUUUAAUAU